AGUCCAGUCUUAUCAAAGUUCUUGGAGCCGGAGAUAUGUGUUGUUGUUGGAUAUCUUCCGAGACCAACACACAGAUUUUUAUAAGAGACUCUUAUAAAUCCACGAUCGAGCAGUAAGUUUUGUAGAAAUCGAAAGCAGAUUUUGAAUUCAGGGUUGGUUCCAAGUUCGAUACAAAUAAAUAGAAGCAGAGCUUGUGGUAGUUUGAGUCGGAAAAGCAUUAGAGAGAUGGUUAGGUGUGGUAGCUUAAGUAGUGUUUUCUUCAGUGCGAUUGCGGCGGCAUUAUUGUUUGUGGCUGCUCUCGAUUUCUCUUCCGCUCACGGCGGAGAGCACCCUUUCUCGAAAAUAGCAGUCCACCGGAUCUCCCUUGCUCUCAGCGAUUCUUCCUCCAUUAAAGCCUCUCCUUAUCUGCUUGGUCUUGAGGGUGAAGACACAGAAUGGGUUACUGUGGAUCUUGAACAUCUAGAGCCAUCUCAGGAUGACUGGAUUGGAGUUUUUUCUCCUGCAAAAUUCAAUGAAUCGACAUGUUUUCCAGAGAAUGGUGCUAAACAGCAGUCUCCAUAUACAUGCACGGCCCCAAUAAAGUACACAUAUGCAAACUCUGAUUCAGCUUAUACAAAGACAGGGAAGGCUUCUUUGAAGCUUCAGCUAAUCAAUCAGCGAGCAGAUUUCUCCUUCACAUUGUUUACAGGGGGAUUGUCAAAUCCAAAAUUGAUAGCAAUCUCAAACAGUAUAUCUUUUGCCAAUCCUAAAGCACCACUAUAUCCACGGCUUGCUCUAGGGAAAACAUGGAAUGAAAUGACUGUUACCUGGACAAGUGGAUAUAAUGUAGAUGAAGCUGUCGCUCUUGUAGAGUGGGGUUUGAAGAGUCAGCGAUUGAGGAGACAAUCACCCGCAGGAACCUUGACGUUUGAUCGAAACAGUUUGUGUGGUUCACCAGCAAGAACAGUUGGUUGGCGUGAUCCAGGUUUCAUACACACGAGUUUCUUGAAGGAUCUGUGGCCAAACAUGAUGUACACCUACAGAGUUGGACAUUUGUUAAACAAUGGUUCCUAUGUAUGGAGUAAGAAGACAUUUGCAUUUAGAUCAUCCCCAUUUCCAGGACAAGACUCUUUACAGAAGAUAAUAAUAUUCGGAGACAUGGGAAAGGCAGAGCGUGAUGGUUCAAAUGAAUACAGUAAUUACCAACCAGGCGCACUUAAUACAACGGAUAGGCUCAUUGAGGACCUCAGAAACAUAGACAUUGUAUUUCACAUAGGAGAUAGCGCAUAUGCAAAUGGUUACAUAUCACAGUGGGACCAGUUCACUGCACAAGUUGAACCCAUUGCGUCAACAGUUCCUUAUAUGACUGCAAGUGGAAACCAUGAACGUGAUUGGCCUGGUUCAGGAUCCUUCUACAGCGGAACGGAUUCUGGGGGAGAGUGUGGGGUGCUUGCCGAAACCAUGUUUUAUGUCCCCGCUGAGAAUAGGGCUAAGUUUUGGUAUGCGGCCGACUAUGGCAUGUUCCACUUCUGCAUAGCAGACAGUGAGCAUGAUUGGCGGGAGGGAUCCGAGCAAUACAAGUUCAUAGAGAAAUGCCUUGCAUCAGCAGAUAGGAGGAAGCAGCCAUGGCUGAUUUUUGCUGCACACAGGGUCCUCGGCUAUUCUUCGGACAAGUAUUAUGCCUUAGAAGGCUCCUUCGAUGAGCCAAUGGGCAGGGAAAGCUUGGAGAAGCUGUGGCAAAGGUACAAAGUAGAUAUUGCAUUCUAUGGUCACGUGCACAACUACGAAAGGUCUUGCCCAAUUUACCAGAACAAGUGUGUGAACUCGGAAAGGUCACACUAUUCAGGUGUGGUGAAUGGAACGAUACAUGUCGUUGCUGGAGGGGCAGGGUCACACCUUUCUGAGUUUACGACGCUGAACACAAGUUGGAGUCUUUUCAAGGAUUACGAUUGGGGAUUCGUAAAACUCACUGCAUUCAAUCACUCAUCACUUGCAUUUGAAUACAAGAAGAGCAGGGAUGGGAAGGUGUAUGAUUCUUUCACUAUCUCAAGGGACUAUAGGGACGUAUUGGCCUGUGUACAUGAUGCCUGUGAGCCUACCACUCUAGCAGUUUAAUUAUUUAUUACCACGGAUUAUUAUACUUGGUACUUAUUAAUGUGUACUAGUUUUAGAGUAUUCGAGUGCAAGGAUGACAUUUAAUAAACAUGGUUUCAAGCUAAAGAUUACAGUUUUGUUUAUAAUUUUGAGUCAGGAACAAUUGGUAUGAUAACAUAUGUAUGUAUUUGUUCAUACACAUGGAGAAUUAAAAUUGGAAGAAUUUGACUUUGCA